CUGGCAGCGUCAUGUUAGUCAUCCCAUCCUAGCCAAAAAGAUCACUUGUGUUCUCUAACUUGGCUUUGGAAUUUGAGCUGGAAAAAUGUCGUAAAAAGUUCUUUUUCCCCUUUGUUGUUACCCGUUUUCCGUCGAUUGGAUGGUCGUCGUCUUGUCAAUAGAAUCGACGCCUUUAAUAUUAAGUGCAAUUGUUUUGUAUAGUUUUGUUUCGCUCAGUUCUACAAGGCACCAUGGCUUUGGCCAACACGGAAAUCGUUCAUGAAGGCUGGCUUGUCAAGUCUCCGCCCACCAAACGAAUAUGGAGAGCUAAAUGGCGGAGAAGAUGGUUCGUGUUGAAACAUUCUGGCGAGUUGCCUGGACAGUAUUUCCUUGAAUAUUACACGGAUCGAACAUGUCGAAAAUUAAAGGGCAAAAUCGAUUUGGACCAAUGCGAACAGGUGGAUUCCGGGCUGACGAUUGAAAGUAGGAAGCAGCGGUAUGCCCACAUGUUUGACAUCCGCACACCGAAGCGCGUCUACUUUUUGGCGGCCGACAGUGAAUCAGACAUGAAUAGCUGGGUGGGUUGCAUCUGUCACGUCUGCGGUCUCAAGGUGUUUUAUCGCGAAGAUGAAGAGACCGGUUCGUCUGUGACUCUGACACGGCCCGUCCCUAACGCGUCAUCGACAAUGGCCACCAGCGGAGUCCAUUCGGCCAUGGCGAGGACAUUGCAAGUGAGCCAGUUGUUGGAAGACACGCCACCCACCUCGCCCACUUCGCCGACCGGCAGUUCGGGCCCUUAUUUCCCGUUGAGCGAAUGCCUUUCAGGAUCGCGCAGUCUCGUCUUUCAAGAAGCCAUGGGAUCGGUGGGCCAGCCGUCGUCGGCGCCCGUGACUCCAGCACCGACAGCGCGAGGCUUAGCUCUGGGAACUCAAAGUUUACGCGGCCGGCCUCAGCGCGAGGGCUGGGACAUUUUCUGCGACCAGCCCAGACAGUUGUCGUCGCCCGGCCACUCACAAUUGGGUCAAUCGCAGCAACUGCAGCCCGUCAGUUCGUCGGCGCGCAACGACCAAGGAGUUCAUGAACAAAUUCGUAGCUUUGAGGACAAGUUUGCGCACUCUUUUAAGAGACUGCAACCGGCCACCGGCGCCAGCAAACGACCAUCAGUUCCCCAAUUGAUGGGCAGUCAGAAGUUUGUGCCGCCGCCUCGUCCGCCUAAACCACCUCACUUGAUCGACCAGCCUUCGCACAAUUAUCUGAAUCUGGAACAGCUGCAAUCGCCAACUUCCAUCGCUCCUGGUGGAAGAUCGCACAGUCGCAGCAGUAGCCCACGCUCUCCAUCGUCGACAUCGCCUCCUUUACCUACGCCGACCAACGCCGAUUCCUGGUACGAUUUCCCGCGAUCACACCAGGGUGACCACGGCAACGACGGCAAGACGGGCAAGGAUGCCCAGAGACGGCACUGUUACUCGAACGCUGCACCUGGCGAAUUGUCGUCAUCGGCUGUGGCUGCAGCGGCUGAGAUUUUCACGUUCAACAACAACGCCGUCACGGCCGGGUUGUCUGCCGCUUCAGCCAUGUCGCCCAGCGUUUAUUCGAAUCUGGCCAGCCCCUUCCCUUUGGCGAGUCCAGCACUCCUUCCCAUGACCCCCUUUUCUCCGCCUUCAGUCAACCGAACACUCAAGCCCAAGACGCAAUCCUCUGGUGCGGCCGGCGUCGUUGAUGGACCCCUUCCACCGCCCUCAGUCAACCGCCAGUUGAAACCCAAUCGUCCCGUUUCUGGUGUCGGACAACACGCCGAUUUCCACGGAAGCAGUUCGGACGAUGCUGACGAUCCAUCGAGUCGGGGCAGUACCCGACCCAAUUCCGCCCAUGACGAGGAGCAGAUCUACUAUUUCAUUCAGGGCUCGAGGGUCAUUAGCGCUGGCCGUCAGCUGGACGAUAUCCAGUAUUUGGACUUGGAUUUGGAGUCUGACUCGUCUCUCCAGUCGCCCAAAAGUCCCGAACGGGGUCACCAUCACCAAAAUCACCACCAGGCUUCGUCGACUGUCUACAAGACUGUCGACUUCAUCAAAACGGAAGCUUUCAACCGAACACGUCUCACCGUCGAGGAGCGUCGCUCCAAAAAGGCGCAAUAGGCACUCUCGAACUACCCCGCCACCACCUUUUUUGGAUCGUUCAAAUGUCUCGAGAAACAUCCAAGACAAUGACUCAAUUCCUUUCAGAAGAAAACUAAAAGUAGGGAACACACGCACUCGGCACAAAAUCAUAUUUGGCACAUAUACGCGCUCGCACCCCCCACGGAGAGAGAUUAAAAACAAUUCUGUGAGAUUAUUUCCGUUGUGUAAAAAAGACAAUCAAAGAUGAUGGCACACACAUAUACAAGCCUUGUCGGCCUUGUGUUUUUUCGUCAACCCCCCCCCCCCCCCCCUCACACACAUUUGACUCCUCCCCAUUUUUCCUUUGACAGAUGGACUCGAGCCAUUCCCUUUUUAUGCACGUGUAUGUGUGUAUAUAUAUAUACAUAUAUAUAUAUAUAUAAAAUAAUCAUUUUGGCCAAUACUUCGACAACAAAUUCAAAAAACUUGCCCGAAGCUUUUCUCCUUACAAUAUAUAAAAAUUUCAUUUGUUUAUCGCAAAAACAAACAAAAAAUUACCAACAUGAUUGUUGGAGUGUUAUUCCUUUCCCGUUAAUCUAUUUUUUUUUUAAUUGAUGUUCACUGGUUUCAUGGGCGGCGAUUGUGAUCAUUUGAUUAUUGGAAUUGUGAACUCGUUAAUUCAUUUUCUCGCGAUUACAGCGAAAAGAAAAGGGCAAUUUAAUGACAAUCGAAAAUGUGGGGCAGAACAGCAUAUAUUCAUUCUUUAAAAAACAAUUCUUUUGAUGAUGAUUAUUACUUGUAAUUUUGUUUGUUUUUUCUUUCUCUCUCUUUUGUCUUUUGCAUUUGGAUUUCUUUUGAAAAAGAAAAGAAGAAUCACGCUUCGUCUUUUAUUCUUGUACGUACAUUUCCCCCAACACUUUGAGAGAUUAUCUGUAAAUACAGUUCUUUUUUUUUCUCACUUUAA